AUGGCCAAGAAACAGCCAAAUUUUCUGAUCAUUGUUGCGGAUGAUCUAGGUUUUAGUGAUACUUCCCCUUAUGGAGGUGAGAUCGACACACCAAAUCUACAAAGGUUGGCGGACGAGGGAAUACGCAUGACUGGUUUUCACACAGCCGCAUCAUGUUCUCCUACCAGGGCUAUGUUACUAUCGGGGACAGAUUCCCAUAUCUCUGGAUUGGGGGUUAUGGCUGAAAAGAUAAAAAAGGUACCUGAUAUCUUUAAAGAUAAACCUGGGUAUGAGGGAUACUUGAAUUAUCGCGUAGCUGCGCUUGGAGAGAUCCUUCAAGAUGCAGGAUACUUUACCCUCAUGAGUGGUAAAUGGCACCUAGGUUUGAGAAAGGAACUUGCACCUCACGCAAGGGGUUUCACGAAAGUACUUUCUACUCUACCAGGGGCUGGAAAUCAUUUCAAUCAUGAACCGCAAUUAUACGAUCUCAAGGAAAAGCCAUCGGCAAUCUUCAAGGGCGACGGAAUAUGGAUGAAACACGGGGACUUUAUCAACGGGAGCGCGGAUCUUCCGAAGGACUUCUACUCAUCCAACACGUUCACUGAUUACUUCUUAGAUUUCCUAAGGGAAAGGACGCCAAAAGAGAAGACACAGCCAUUCUUUGGAUAUCUUCCUUUUACGGCUCCUCACUGGCCACUCCAAGUUCCUCAGGAGAUAAUCAAAAAGUAUCAUGGCAUGUAUGAUGACGGCCCUGUCGCCCUACGGGAUCGAAGACUUCGAAACUUGAUCGAAAAGGGGCUGGUACCUCCUGACGUUGAGCCUGCGCCUUUACACAUGUUAAAGACCAAGCCAUGGGAAGAACUAUCAGAAGAAGAGAAACGCGUAUCUUCUCGAGCAAUGGAAGUAUAUGCUGCGAUGGUCGAUCUUAUUGAUGUGAAUAUUGGCCGUGUACGGUCCUAUCUAGAAGAAACGGGUGAACUUGACAACACCUUCAUCGUCUUCAUGUCGGAUAACGGUGCUGAAGGGCAAUUACUCGAGGCUUUGCCAAUUCUAGCUGGUUACACGGUAGAGGAUAUUGUGAAGAAAUAUUACGAUAACUCGCUGGACAAUAUCGGCAACUAUAACUCAUUUGUAUGGUACGGACCACAAUGGGCUGGUGCUGCGACGGCUCCCGCGCGUGGGGCGAAAUCACACUCGACAGAGGGCGGGAUUCAUUGUCCAUGCAUUGUGCGGUAUCCUCCAGCAUUGAGGCAGAGCGGCCUUGUAACUGGCGCUUUCACGACAGUCAUGGAUAUAGUCCCGACAGUCUUAGACCUUGCUGGCCUGAAGCACCCAAGCCCUACCUUUCGUGGGCGUGAAGUCGUGCCAGUUCGGGGAAAAUCUUGGAGGCCUAUUUUAGAGAACCCCAAAAAUGAUAGCAUUCGUAUAUACAACGACACGGAUAUAGUCGGAUGGGAGCAACUUGGGAUCGCGGCAGUAAGAGUGGGUGAUUGGAAAGCACUAUUCCUCCCACCUCCCAAGGGUCCCGGCAGAUGGGAGCUCUAUGACUUGUCUAGGGACAUUGGCGAAAUCCAUGAUUUAGCAAAGAGCCACCCAGAGAAGCUAAGGGAGAUGCUCGAGCAUUAUGAGACGUAUUUCCAAGAGACUGGCAUGUUCGAUUCGUACACCAUAUACCACGAGGCAUUGAAACAGAAGAAAGCCGAGAAAAAGGUGACCCGCAACGACAAAUAUAUAUCAUACAUUUCAACUCUUCGCCAAACAUUGACGUUUGUACAUGAAAAUUUUCUAGAUCUUAUCAAAGGGAACUGGGGCUGGAAAUACCUAGAGGAAGAUUCCGCAGAAAGGAACGAUACUUGA